GUAAAGGCCGUUAUACUGUUUUUGAAAGAAGGAAUGAGUUUUGUGAGGAACCUACAAAGGCUUUGGGCUUUAAGCACACAAAAUCAAUAUGUAUACCCGAUGUAUACCCGCUUAUUGGAUCUUCUUUGGAAGAUAGCUUAAAUUCUCAAACGAUUCAAAAAGGUUAUGAGUAUCCCGUUGUAGUUGGUGAAGAAUCUUCGGGAACAGCACGGUUUCUUAUAAAGAAUUCUUCUGACUUAGCUGAAAAGAUUAUAGCAAAUUAUAAAGUUCUACGAAAACUUCAUCAUCAAAAAAACAAGCUUGUAGAUUUAAAGGAGUUACCGCCCCGCCAGCAUAAUUUAGCCAAAGAGGAGUCCGUGAUUAAAUGGCUAAACAUGUUUGCAUCUGGCGCUCCCAUUCCUCAACUCGCUAAGAAAUCUCCUGUUUUGAAAACGGAGUCCAUCAUUUCUCUUCUCUACGAGCGCGGCAUCCCCUUCAUCCGUGCGGCUUGGUUAGUUCAGAUUCAUUUAAAGCACGAAAUUACUAGCAAAAGAUCGCGUCCAAAUCGGACUAAAGCUGAGGUGUUUGACGAGUGGACUGGCUAUAUUACGCGCCUCUUAGCUCAACAAAUGAAACAAGUUGCUGUUCCUAGAGGACCACCUUCUUUUCUUCAAAAAUUUGACUAUACUUUUUAUUUUUUAUGCCAUCAAACUAAAGAGGGCUUGACUUCUCCUGACGUGCUUCUCAAUUGGUUCAUCGAUAAACUUGCUACCGCUGAUGACUUUCAACUUUGUAUUCUUCUAUUGCGCUCCCUACUGGACUUUUUGCCGUACUUUGCUCCUCGGCGAUCCCAAUCCCGCCGUUUAUUUUUGGCAUGCACUCGUCUGCUUAAACUUUUUUCCUCGAAUGAUCCGCGUGGCGUGGGCCGCUUGGCUUUUUUACUUGUGCAGUUUCUCGUCGUGAUGUUUCCAACAGCGUUUGUUGGAUUUGCGCUGGAAAGUGAUUUUCGUAUAUCAAACUUGGAUUGGCUUCCAGAUUUUUCUACUCCUAUUCAAAAAUGCUUACAACUAACUUUUGAGGAAUCCGUUCGUGCUAUUGAGCGUCGCUCAUUAUUAUUAUUUUCCAAAGAUUUAUUAUUAGAAGAAAGUUCUGAAUUUAAAGAACUUUUGAAGUUAUCCGCGUUGGACUGCUUUUCUUCCUGCGAAACGCGCGGAGACGCUUCUCGUUCUCUGGAAGAUUUGUUCGGGAUUAUCUUUCCGCAUGAUCAGCAGAGCGACUCUUUGGCCAGCCAUGUGGACGCGUCGCUAUUUUUAUUGUGCCGCUGGGCAACUAUUUCUCACCGCAUUGGCGCAUCUCGCCGGCUCGUGGCUGUCUAUUUGCUACUGCUGCUAAAAAAAAAAGCGCCGUCGCUCUUCUUGCAUGCUCUUCUGUACGACUUUUUAGAAAAAUAUAAAGAUGAGUGCAUGCAAUCAAUCGAAGAGUUCGCCCAACUUGUCGAACUUUUUGGAGAUUUCGUAAGAGAAGGCCUGUUUGACUACCUCGCGUACAUGUCAAGACUUAUCACUUGCAACAAGAAAAUGCUGCAGAGCUCUUUUCAUUGGCGAUUUGUCCAGGCGCUUCCCUGCUAUUCGGCGGAUGCGUAUGCGAGAAACCUGCGAAGGUGUCUUCUAUUCGACCAAUCACUUCUCUCGGACGACUGCUCUUCCGCCGUCCUGCUUUCCUGCGCCGUUGAGCAGUAUAUAAAUUCUCUUUCCGGCGGCGACACUCCUCCUUUGAUGCUUCCAAUUCAUUAUUAUUUCAAUUACUACCGUAAAUUCUAUGAAAAUAUGACCAACCACAGCACGGAAAGCAAGUGCUCUGAAAAUAAUGAAACUAAUGGACCGCUUUUAGUAAACAGCAUUAUGGAGUUGCCUUGCCUUUACCAGCGCGAUAUAUCCGCGUGGAUACACGCUUGUCUUCAAGAGCGUCUCGCUAAUGAGGAUUAUAUAGUUAGAUAUGAUUGGUGUUUCCUUGACCAAUUAUCGGAGCUUCUACUCAUUAUUUCAGCGUUGAACGACUUUUCCGUCCUUUUUUCCUGCUUGGAGCUUCUGGUUGCCCACACGAGCUCUCCCGACGUUCAUUUAGUAAUUACGGCGGCAUUAUCGACUAAUUGGCGCGCAUUGGCCACGUCGAUAGACGUUCAUCAACGCCUAUUCGCCGCUGUUGCUAAAAGCUUCUCUACGGUGGAAAGCGCUGCAAAAUGGCUUAGCGCUCCCAUUGGCCAGAAGGUGCGACUCCUAUUACGACAGGAAGUUUUUGACCAGGACGACCUCCAUCCGCUUGACGAGGGCGAGGUCCCACGUGUUUCUCAGCGUUCUGCGCUUUUUUCUGAGGAACUUUUAAGCCUCUUCCCUUCUCUCCCAGCCAAUAAGAAUUCUGUCAUUCGCGUCUGCAACCAGAAAUGGGCGGCACGUCACUUCUUUGCUCAACUUUUACAGAAAAUAUGUCACUUUGAUUGGAGCAGUUCAAAAGAGUCAGUAAAAAAAAUUUACCAAUGGUGUGCUGUUUGUGCGGUCAUCAACGAAAAUCAUUGGCUGAAUGCCACUAUACUCGAGUGCUUAAAAAAGUUACUUCUCUCCCACCCACCCUCGCCGGUCGCUGAUUGGUUCAUAUUGGGCCUUUUUCUGGUUGGUCUCUGCGGAAAAAUUUGUCUGUCUUUGUCCGACCUCACCGAAGAGGUGCUUGUCGAGCUCAUUCGGUCGUUGACCAAUCAGGUGAUUACUGAUGCCGAUACAGACCUCCAAGCUGUCCGUGGCGGCCUCUUAUUAGUUAAAACUCUCCAUGUGGAAUCCCACGUGGUGGAUUUACCACUCGAAUCGAGCCGGGACAGACUUUGUUUUCAAGCUGCUCGACGUUCUUUGGAACCUGCUGCCCUCGUGUUGCUUGUAGCCGAAUUAUGCCGCUUACGCAAAUGUGCUAAGCCGGACGCCUUGCUUACCCAUAUCAAUGAGCUACUCUGCCACCUGCUUGCUGACGACCACGUGCGGGGUUAUUGCUUGCUGCACACUGAUGCCCUCAACUCUGCUUUUCGCAGAAAGCCGCCUUCUUCUGCGCUUAUCACCGUGGCGCAUGUGCUACAUUACGAAAAAAGCUCAUGGGUUAUUGGUGAAGUCGAAAAAAUGGAUCCUCUUAUUCGUUUAAAGGAGGAGUUUGCCCGCCUGGACAAGUGGACUCUGUGCUUUUGCGCUGCAGAACUGAAAUUGAUCUGUGACGAAUGGGACAAGGCCUCCGAAGAAGCUCAGUUUUUAUUGGCUGCUACACUUGUUCUUGAAAAAUUGCGCCAAGACGCCUGGGCUGUCCCCGAGGGCAAACCACUUGCCCCUCUUUUACUGAGUCUGCCCUCGAAGCUGCAACAUUGCAUUAUUGCCGAAGCCACUCGGAUCUUAGCAUGUGGCGCGCCCCGUUGGUGGGCACUCUCUCCUCUCCAGCAAGCGCUCUCGGGCAGUGCGACGGCAGAGGAGCCAUUUUCAUUAGAAUUAGAGCUACCGUACACUAAACUGCUUGCUUUCUGCUUACAAAAUAGCGAGGAGUUGAAAAUAAAAUUCUCUAUUUUUCUAUUGGAACAGUUUCUUUUGUACGUUAAGGACACCUCUGACCCUCUUCCCGUCACACAGCAUAAAGGCAUAUAA